AUGCGCGCCGCGCUCCUCCUCGUCGCGCUGCGCGCCUGCGGCGGCCGGCGCGACGCCGACGACUUCGAGAUCGAAACGCCGCACCACAGCUUCUUCGUCAACGAGCUGUCCCAGGGCUGGGGCUGCCGCGGCGUCGUCGACGCGGCCGUCGUCGUCACGCGGCGCCACGACGGCGAGGACUACGUCCUCCGGAGCUGCGACUACCCCGUGCAGGCCAUCCAGUUCCUCUGCAGCGGCAUGGGCGGCCCGGCCUUCGACACGGCCGUCGCCGCGGUGGACCGCUUCGGCCGGAUCACGGAGCGCAAGGCGGACUUCCGGCGCACGGGCGCGCCGAGCGUCGACUGCGGGCGGCGCUGGCUGCGGGCCCUCGCGGACUACGACCAGCUCGACGACCGCGACCGGCGCCGCGCGGCGGCGACGCUCGCGGCGCUCGAGCGCCUCGCCGGCGACGCCGCGCGGUCCGCGACGGACGCGCUGCGCAUGCCGCCCGUGGACCACACGGCGCUGCACUGGCCCCUGGCCUGGCUCGUCGACGACCUCGCGGAGAGCUUCGGCCACCGGCCGCUCCGCGCGCUAGAGGUCGGCUCGCUCGAGGGCCGGACCGCGCGCCUCUGGCGGGCGCUGCUGCCCGCGGGGUCGACGCUCCGCUGCGUCGACGCGGCCUUCGCGCCGGCCUUCGAGGCCAACGUGGUGGAUCUGCGGGCGAGCGGCUUCCUCGAAACGACGGAGGCGCGCUCCGCGGACGCGCUCCGGGGCCUCGACGCGGGCGCGUACGACUUCGUCUUCCUCGACGGCGCGACGGGCGCGCCGGAGGUGCUCCAGGACCUCGUGCUCGCGGACGUGCUGCUCGCCGUCGGCGGCCUGCUCCUCGUCGACGACGUCGGCUUCCCGGGCGUCGCGGCGGCCGCCAAGGCGUUCUACGACGUCAACGGCGCGCGGUACCGCGUCAUCCUCUGCUUCGCCCAGCUCGCGCUCGUCAAGGAGGCCGCCGCCGGCGGCGACGGCGAGGACUGGCGCCUGCGGCGGGGCUUCGGGCCGGGCAUCGUCGUGAACCGGCGCCGCGCGCUCGCGACGGUCGCGCCGACCGCGCUGCCCGAGGGUAACCUGGACUAG